GUAGACAUUGAUGAAUGUACGGCGAAUUCCCACAACUGUCACUCCCACGCAACUUGCAACAAUACCCUCGGUUCUUUCAACUGUUCUUGCAACGAUGGGUAUUCUGGAGACGGUGUAACUUGUAAUGGUAAGAAAUGUCCAUAAGCUCUUAAAAAAAGAAAUAAAACGUGCGGCAGAAAAUAGCAGUACGAUCUCCUUGAUAAAAUGCUUUCAUCCAUAUUCCUUUCCAUAGCUUUAUUUCUUUUUCCUUCUUACAUCAACCACACUGCUUAGUCGCUGCAAGAGUGUGGGUCUAAAAUCGCUGAAUGGCUAAUUUCCAAUUUAACUUCUCCACACCGCAUCAAAACGUUAUGAGGAAAAAUGCUGAUAUGAAGGAAGAAAAAACAAAUUUUCAGACUUCAAACUAAAACAAAUGUUUGGCAGUAAAGAAAAUUGAUGUAGAAGUAAAUGGAAGUAAGGGGUUGGUUUACUGGACAAACUGAGAGUGAGGCUUAUCUUGAGAAUAGAAAAGCGAACCAUGGCAACAAGCAGAUAGGGAUUAAAAUUUUCCUGCAAUCAUCAACCGCUGAGCUCAUUGAUUUGAUGAUCGAAGGGAAAAUCAGCUCUUCUUACUGGGAAAAAAUUUUUUAUGAAGUCAAUAAAGAAGAACUCGUCGGUUGGCGAAAUAAUUACAAACCAAUUCAAGUACAAACAGAUCCGAUUUGUUUAGCCACAGAAUACACCAUAUCUUGGUGUUCAGCAUAGUAGAAGUUUCUUCAACACAACUGACACGCGAAUGAUAAUUUUAUCAAUCACGCUAUGUUUCUUCAUCUCCUUCUUAUCAUCAUCAUUUCACUGAGAAACGCUCGAAAUAAAUAUUUAUGUCAAUAUCUCUUGUGAUGAUCUCAGAUAUCGAUGAAUGCACAAACCACACUCAUGACUGUCACCAAGCGGCAAAUUGUACCAACACUGAUGGUGCGUUUACUUGCAGCUGCAAGGAAGGAUUCUCGGGGGAUGGUCGACAGUGUACAGGUGUAAUAACUCUACGUUCUCUAAGUGAAAGGCCAAUUAGAUAAUUUGCAAUACAAUAAAUAUUACUUUUAAAGAGGAUUAUCAUGGAAAAAAUAUUCCUUUUGGUGAGCUGUCCUAAGACCUUGCACUUGGUGUCAGUAACACCAAAUUCGAAAAACUUUUCGUAAAACCGCCCUUUUGCGUUUCUGUUGUUUAGAACGCACCAUGGACAUUUUCGCUCAGGACGGUGAUCCAAAGAGUCAAAAACAAUUUCAUGGGACAGUUUGCAACGUUUUAAAUACUCUAAAAGCAUCUUAAGUUAUGUACACGAAUUAAUGCCAUAUUUGACUAUUGCAGAUAUUGAUGAAUGCACAGCUGCAACUCCCAACUGUCAUUCGAAAGCGAAUUGUUCUAACACUCUAGGUUCUUUCGUCUGUGCCUGUUUUCAAGGAUAUUCAGGAGAUGGUGUUAAUUGUACCGGUGAGAUGGUUUCUUCAAAGCUGAUCUUAAGCUUGAUGCAUGUUUGUCGUGCGUUGCUGUAAGGUAUUUACACUUUGCGAAUCGCCCGGGACGUCCACGAUUAAUUCAAUUGUGCAAGUAUUGUGCAUGUCGCUACAGUCGAAACUGCAUUCAACAACACAGUGUUAAGCGGUCUUUUGUCAAAGUCCCGAAAAUUUUACUCCUCAAUUACUGUUAUUUUAACCUCUGUUAAGCGGUCACCUCUGUGAACUCAGUCCCAAAAGCCUUUUUGUAUUGUUCUCCACCAGUCAAAUAAAACUAAGAGUAAUCAAUGAAUAGAGGAUGUCAGUUUCUAUAGAAACUGUGGUGCUGCGUCGGUGGGAGGGUAUAACAGGGUAAUUUGGUAUUAUCAACUGAUUUGAAAACUUAAAUUGACCACCGUGAAGAGUUUCAAAGCUGACGUUUCGAGCUCUGAUGAGGGCAAACGCUCGAAACGUCUGCUUUGAAGCUCUUCACGGUGGCCAAUGUACGUUUUCAAAUCAGUUGAUAAUAUCAAAUUAGCCAAGAAUAAUCAAUUUUUACAUUAUUUUCAAAGCUUCGUUCUGAUUAAUCGCUGGGAUAACUUGCGGGUUUUGUUUUCCGGCGCUCGGUUGAAAACUGCACUUUCUAUCAGCCCAGAAACUAAACUUAGCUUGUUCAGUCAAGAUGAGUUGAUAUUCAGUAAAGUUUUACAAAAAGAUGUAUUCCGUCUUGUGUGUUCCAAUUCAUGCAGCGAGAUCACGCAGAACUAAAGAAUACAAAAUGCGCGUACAUCCAGCUUUAGUUGUUUGUGCUAAAAACGAAACAUGAAAUCUAAGUGCAAGUCUAUUAGCCAAUUUAACAGUAGCUUUUCGCCAUACCUAAACAUUCAUAAUGUACCUUUGGCUUCAUAAUGGCCAAGAACUGUAAAAUGCAUUCCUGCAGAUAUUGAUGAAUGUGCCACGGCAACCCACAACUGCAAUGGUGUAGCUCACUGUUACAACAAUAAUGGCUCCUUCACCUGCAAGUGUAGGACAGGUUAUCCUGGUGACGGGCUCUCUUGUAAACCCUCAGGUAAGUGGACAUUUAUACCAAUUUAUAUCAAAAGGAUGAGACACACCAUCAUUUAUGCUUAAGGAUGUAUCUUCGAGACAGAAAAUCUUCUCCUCUUAGACUCAACAGAUCAAGAUCCAGGCUAGGUAGUCUCGUACCCAGACUUUCCGGCGACUGCGCGUCAUUUCAGGUAAACAGUAAAAAUCUGGGUUCCAAAUUAGGGCUAAAGUAAAGUACUCACGAAAAGCAAACAUUUGCUGCGCUCUUCAAUAAUAUGCGAACUAAGGAGUUGAAAAUACAUCAUUGAAAUUGUUUUUCUUGUUGCCGUCGAUUAUGUUAAGGGCCUCUCGAAAAACAUGCACUCUGUAUCAAAAUUCGUUUUCCUGGGUUGUGAUAGAUAGAUGUCCUUAUCCUGAUUUACCAUAUGUAACUUAAUUAUUGGUCUUCUAAAUUAUCUUGAAUCUGUCGCAGAUUCAGUUCCUAUAUACGCCUGAACUUGAUGAUCUUUUGCACAUAGGAGACUUCUCUGUAGCGAUAAGAAACAUCUCCAAGGACAAAUACAAGGCAACUGUUAUCAAGCGUUCUGAGAAAAGUGUCUAUCAGGCUAAUAUUGCAGGACUACGAGAUGAUGUAUCUAUACUGGAAAGCAUCAUGGAAUGGCGCUUAAUUGGCGAACGGGAGCUGGAACUUUUUGAUUCACCAAAUGGAACAUUAGUCAGUCAAGGAACAACACAAUGGACCAUAAAAAGGCGAUCCAUUCUGGCUGGCAUCUAUCAAGUCAAAUUCACUGCUUCUAUCACAAUUGGGGAUCUAGAUGCCUCACAAAUUCUCACUGCUUUUGACUAUGGUUUUCUAGAAGUUGUCAAAGGUCCUGUACGAGCUAUAAUCGACGGAGGAAGCAAAGUUCGCUGGUCGUCGAGCAAAGCUGUUACAGUGGACGGUUCACUUAGUUACGACGCGGAUAUUGGACCCGGAAACCACACUGGAGUUAACUUCACCUGGUCUUGUUAUGACCCUGUAAAAAACUUUUCCUUCAGCAAUGAUUGUUCCGGGUCUUUUGUCGGAGAAAGUUACUUAACAGCAGUAAGAAUUGAUCCUAAAAGACUUACAUUUGGUAAUAAAACCUACGUUCUCAGGCUGACUGUGCCUAAGGAUGAUAGAAGUGACUUUGCGGAAAUGUCCUUUGAGAUAGCCGCUAACGAAAUACCUCAAAUCAGUCUAAGGUACGUACCAAGAUUUGAACAUUGAAACCUGUACUAAGCGGCAUAAUCCAAAGUCGAGAUUUGUCUUCUAUUAUAUCAAAACGAAAGUUAUAAAAAUACGGGAAGCUGAACUCAGCUGACACUCCUUUAGUCAGAUCUGGAGACCAAGAUUGAGUGCUUUUUUUAGACCCAACACCUAUAUUAAGCGUAUUAAAGAUCGUAUUUAGUUUACGGUGUUAGGUGAUGCGCAAUGCACCAAAACCAGAUGUAGCAGAUGUUACUUCCCCCCUCCCCACAAUAGGGCUCCGUAGUUAUGUUCAUGUCAUUCCUCCUCAUUGGCUGUUAACUGGCAGUCAAUUUCCUAUAGUCCCUCUGUAAACUCUGUUGGCGACGACUGAUCCCCUUCCGUUUCCUCUACCCCUCCCCCUCCCCUCCCCCACGCGACAAAUAUCGACCGGUACCUCAUGCCUCUUUUUUGUUUAAGGUGUUUUGUCGACUGUGGCGCAAUUGUGUCGGCUUCUAACAAGCUUCGAGUAACGUCAGAAUGUCUCAAUUCGCCUUGCAAUGGUUCAGAGUACAGGUGGCUUUUAAAUAGAAUGGAUUUGUAUUCCAAUCGGUGGGAACCAGUAACUAAUUUAUCCAACAUGACAUCAACUGCAAUAAAUGCUACCAACAUGAUCAUUAGAAAGAAUUCUUUGAAGUCAAAUUCCAAAUAUAGCUUGGCUUUAUUUGCAACAUCGCCAGGAGGAACAGAGGGGUUUGCAGUGCUCGAGUUUGAGACCGCUGGACAGCCGCACAGUGGGUACUGCAGGCCAUCAGCCGCAGAGGGUGUGUCUAUGGAGACGGAGUUCUUAUUUGAAUGUUACGGUUGGCAAGAUAAAAGUACACCGCUGACCUAUGAAUUUCGCGCUGAAGAAGAUCCAAUUUCUUACGGCAUUUCUUCAAAGUCAGUGACGACAGUUUUACCUUCUGGCUCACCUGAAAACGAUUACAAAUUAACAGUCAAUGUCAUCAUCAAGAAUGCUGUUGGGGUGGCUGUUGUUGAGAAAUUUGCCGUAAAGGUAACGAUACAAAUUUAUGGCCCUCUUUGACUCUUUUAAGAUAAGUUAGUUAAUAUUUGCCUUUAUAAAAUAAUUCAAAUAGUACGCGCGCUCUGAUUGGCCAUAAAACCAUUUUACAUGAGCGUAUGUAAACACGGUUUUCAUACUGAAUCUUCUCGCGGAGUUCUCCCUGCUAUUUAUUUAGCAGUAACUCAGUUUCUUUAAGUUUGUUUUGAGUACAGUAAUGGAAGAAGAAGAUUUUCCUAUUUUUUCUUUGGAGUGUAAUUUUCCCAGUACUCAAGAAACGGCCGAAAAGUCAACUGAACAACAACAACAAGCACGUCGCUUUCCUUCGUUGCAAGAAAAGACUCUUUCAUUAGUUAUUUUAUAAAAGAAAUGUAAAAUGGUUUCCAUGUUUACAUAGCCUGAUGUAAACACUUGGGAGGUUGGGAGAUCUUAUCUUAUUAUCUCGCACUUUAUGGCUUCUGUUGCUGAGUGGCGGAGCGUCAAACAGCGGAAUUCGAAAGUCUAUGGUUCGACUCCUCCAGUGGACUCAGAAUUUUUUCUUUGUCCCACGCUCGGGACAAGACCAAACACCAUCAUUCUUAAUGAGUUCCUUCUCUUCCUUUUCAUCAGGUGAUGCCUUCUUCGGGGCUUCAUACUUGCCCCCCAACGGUGGAAGAGCGGGCUGCCAAAGAGUUGAAAAGUUUAAUAAUUGGAAAAAACAAUAACUUGGAUGGAUUUCUAAAAAUAGGUGAAAUCAGCAAGGCUUCCCAGCUCGCUAUAAGUGUCCUCAAGUCAGCCAACGAGAAAACAGAGUGCGGAAAACCACUAAGCCAAGAUACGAAAGCACUAGUAGGUGUAUUGAAAAAAAUGCAAAGUCAAAUUUUUACAUUUAAGACGACCCCUCGCCCGCUGAAACAUCUUUAGAAAGCCACAAAGAAUAAAAAGAAUGUUUCCUGUCAGACGUUUGGCUUUUUUAUCCACCCUCUCUUCGCAGCAGUGUUGUUAACGUUGAUCUGGACAAACAACUUAGGAAUCAAUGUCAGUAUCUUAGCCAUUGCCCCCCUACCCCUCCCUUAACUAACCAACAGGCAACUGAUAGCAAAGUAAGGUUAAUAUCGGGUUAGGGGAGGGGUGGGUGGGCAGGACUUAGAUACUGACAUUGGUUCCGAUUGCGGUUUCCUUGUACAAAACCACACGUUUUCGGUUCUGACAUUCUCUUGCGUUUUCACUUCAAUCUUUCUUUUUUUCUUUUGGAGUAGAUUUCCAGCACUUUAGUGGAAAAAUUUACUUCCAUUACGCCGGAGGACCUUCAGAUGUCUCGAAUGAUUAUGAGUGUGGUCAGAAUGGCAGGGGGAGACCAAGAAACCAAGGACUGUGAUAGCUGUGGAAAAACUGCGGUAAAAUACAUAACUAUUAUGUUUUUUAGAUUUGAUCUCUUAACGCAAAGAGUCAACAGCUUCAUCACGUCAAGACUCUUCUCAGGGUAACACUAGAAUUGUAAGAUGUUGUAUUAGGUAUUGAGAUAAAGUGUCUAUCUUUAGGAUGAACGCGGGAGACGCGGUGACGUAACGGAGUCUAGGUCGAGAAGUCCAGAUGGAGAAGUCUUGGUUUCGAGACCUGAAGGCCAUUUCUGGAAAGCUCUGGUGACUUCACGGGUCCGUAAAGCCGUUCUGUUUUCAUUCAAAGUGGGGGGUUUCACAAGUUUUGAGAACUAUACAAUAAAACUUUCAUCUAAAGAAACAAAAUGGAGUGAUUAGAGUGCCACAACUUGCAUCUCCAAUCUUUAAAUUUUAUUUCAAAACAUGGCUUUAGGCCCGUUAAGUUACCGUGACUUUCGAGAAACGGGCUUCUGGCCGAGUCAAUGCGUUGCGUUCUUGAGAGAACACUGAACUCUUAGGGUGACGCUAAUGAGUAAAAGGAGCAACGGCAAAUUGUCAGGGAAGCCUGAUCAAAUGCUAAAGGGUAACCUUGCAAUGGACCAGCAUCCCAUUCAGGGGGGAGUAGUGUACUGUUCGUCGCUUCAUGUCGAGGAAACCGGGAAAAGCUCCGGCUGGGUGGGCCACUCGACUCGACUAUAGACUUUACCUUACUUUUUUUAAGAACGAAACGAUGAAAUUGACUGAUACUACAACAGAAUUGCUGAGAUAUGCCCUUGGUGACAUUGAGGAGCCUUUUUCUGCGGAGUUAGAGGAAUCGGCGAAGAGUAUGACGGCAUGUCUCAAGAAUGUUCUUCAAUCGACUUCGAGAUCGAAUAAUGCAAGCGGAUAUUCCACGGAAAACACCAUUACUCUCACUGAAAAGGUAUGGUAAGUAGCUCAAGAUUGCAGUCAUUUUGCGUGGCCAAGCUUUGAGAUUGCUCUAGAAAACUCCCAUCAUCUUUUUGACUGAUUAGUCGCAGUUAUUUUCCCACGCUUUCGGACGCUUUGCUCGAUUUUGAUUGAUCUGGAAACCUGGCGCCAUACUUUUAACCAAUCAGUCUCCAAGUGACUCAUACUUUCCUGCACUUAAGGCACAUCGCUCGCUUUUGCUUAAGCUGAGACAAACGCAAAGUACACCAUGGUUGCAAUGGAAAAAGGAGUGAAAAAUCACGGUCGCAAAGUAUCUCUGUCAAGCGCGACUUGUGUGAUGGGGUAAUCAUUUUCGAGAAAUGAUCUUUAGUGCGCAACAACAUUAGCUUUCAUCAAUUUACUAUUACAGGAUAGUGUGAAAAAGGCUGUUCAAAAGUUGGACGCUAUGAACGAUGCAUUCUUUGCUCGCCUGGUUCCCUCAGAAAAUCUUGUACUUGAAUCGCCCGGCUUGACAACUUCCCUAAAGAAGGUGUCCGCUAAUGACGUUAAGGGUCUAGGUAUGGAAUACGGGCCUACAAAAUUUAAAUUACCAGGAGACCUAGGAAAUGUGGGCGAUGGAAAUAUCAAUGCAAAGGUAUAGUGCUUUAGAACUUUACGACAAAAUGUUCUAUAAUGAGCUGAAGAAUGCAGGUAUUUGGUUGUUUCUUACAUAUGAUCUAUAGGAGGACGACCCCCUCGUGGGUCUGUUCAGCAAUAGAUCAGAGAAGACGUCAAAAUAUGAUGAGAACAUCAGUCACACACUCUGCUGCGCCUUGUGUGCCACACUUUUUUUGAUACCACAUUUUGAAGUCAUAUGUGGUCAUUGAACAGACCCACGGCAACAUGGAAUCUAUUUAUUUGAAUAGGCGAAAAGUUGUGCAAUUCAAGCCCAGCGACUUCCCAUAGACGAAUAAACCUCUUUUCGUCUUAGUUAUGAAAAUUUCAAAUACAUAUUUUGAUAUAAACAUCUCGUUAUUAUGAAUUUUCACUCAGUAUAGCUCGUCCAAAAGUCAAGGAAACCAAAGUCGGAGGUUUUCUAAGUUUGUUUCGUUCAAUGAGGAAGAGCUUUGAACGAAAAUGCGACACAAUUUCAUUGCAACGAGCGACAUGUUAACUUAAGAUAGGAAAAAGAAAACAUUGGUACGUUAGAAAACAGCAUUAAACAAGUCCACCGACUCUUCUCUCCAUAUUUCAUUUGGCAGAUGAAAGCUGUUGAUUUUAAUCCAUUCAGCUGGGAUAACAGCAGCACGAAAGUCCAAUCCAGUGUUAUAAGUCUUGAACUUCAAUCGGAAAAUGGAGCAAAACUGAAUGUUACAAACCUGGAUAACUACAUCGAAAUCGUCAUCCCACUUUCCAGCCCACCCUCAAAGACCAACAACAAAACAGUGAUCGAACAUCAUUUCCUGAAGCCCCACCAAUUGACUGUCCGAAGCUACUACGCAGAGCUAGCAGAUGUACCUGUUUUCAUCACGUUAGGCGUACUAGGAACAAACACAUCUAUUAAAUUGCUUGUGAAAUUUGGAUCGAGGCCUUCAACGGAGAGCUCUGAUCUUAACGUCACUGUUAGGUUCACUUCGAUAUGCGGGAACACGACUAAGGUCGUACCGAACGAAUCUUCUUGCCAUCUCGACGAGAAAACCAUCACAGUUCUUCCGACGAAACCAACUCUCAUAUAUAUUGGUUUAUUGUUGGAGUUAUCAAAAACUGAAAGCAAACAUGCAAGAGAGAAGAGGUCCUGCUUUGGCCAAGGGCGUCAGAGAAGAUCCUGUGUUGGUGUCAAAGAUCCUCCCCCUAAAGGUGUCCAUCAGACGGUCGUACCUCAAUAUGACCCACGCUCUGAUGUCAACUACACUUUCACUGUAACUCAGUCGAGUUGUUUGUAUUGGUCUGAAGAUGAGGAAAAGUGGACUUCUGAUGGUUGCAAGGUACAUUGAUAAGGAUUCAAUUUCAAUCCAGCGGUAAUCUGUGGAGUAUUUCAAAUCGACAUUGAUGUCGCAGAGUAGUUGGGCUAUCCAGAGUAGCAAGAUUGUGCAAUUCAUUUUUUCAAUACCUUGGCUGUCCAAAGUUAUUCGCGAUUGCAAUGGUUUUCCUUCACUUUGUACCGUAAUUGUUCUGAAAAAACUAGACUAAAACCACACGUGACUUGUUCACUUGGGUUUUCCCGCGCCUCAAACAGUGUUCUUGCUUUACCUCGAGUUCUAGUUGGCUUGCUGAAAUUUCUUUUAUCUGACUGGACGUUACAGUUACCAAGGUGUUUGUUUGACGACAUUCAAUAGAAAGAUGCUUGUUUUUUUUGGCUUGAGUUUUUUCGUUUUUGCAUUAGGCUCGUGAACCCUGCUUUGCAUCUUUCUUCAAUUUGCGACAUCUUCAUAAUAAUCUUUAAAAAUUUUAAAUAAGAUUACCUGGCAAAAGCUUAAACAUGAACUCCACGAAUUUAUUUCUCAUACAAGAUCUUUCUAUGGCAGGUCGAUUCAGGUUCCAACACAACGCAUCUCAAAUGCCUCUGCAAUCAUUUGACGUCUUUUGGUGGAAACUUCAUUCAAAAACCCAAUCCUAUUGAUUUUGACAAAGUUUUCACAGAGUUCUCGCGUCUUAGUGAGUCUGGCAACAUAUCGGUGCUUGUGACAAUUGCAUGUGUGUUCCUCACCUAUUUCAUCGUGUUGGUGUUUGCGAGGAGAGCUGACAGAAAAGAUGAGAGCAACGUAAGUAUUAUUUGAAUGAAAGUGAUCCUCGCAGUGAUGUGCACUACUUAGGCAGUAGUGAAAAUAAGGCCUGAAAAAAAUUUCAGGCCUGAUUUCGAUCGUGUUGGUGUUUGGGAGCUGGUCUGAUAGUGGUUCUAAAUAAGAUGAGAGCAACGUAAGUAUUAUUCUUGAAUAUGAAAGCGAUCCUCGGAAUAAUGGACAUAUAUUAACCGUAAGUAUUAUUCUUGAAUAUGAAAGCGAUCCUCGGAAUAAUGGACACUUCAUAAGCGGUAGUGAAAAUAAGGCCUGACAAAAAUUUAGGCCUGUACUGGAUUUGAACCCAUGACCGUAUUACCCAUUACAGUGGGGACCUUAAGCAAAUCACGACGGCGACGGCAACGAGGACACGAAAAACAAAAAUUAUUUGGCAGAAAAUUUCGUUCAUUGAAAUCACCACAACUUGCGUCGUCCGCGAACCGAAACCGCGACGGCAAAUUAUUUAAAUUUCCAUUUGGAACUCAACGCUUCUUUUAUACGUUGUGCUGAAGUUGAGGUGUGGCGCCAUAUGAGACGGUAAACACAUGCAGCCAUUUUUGAAAUUCUAAUUAAAGGCAGAAAUUCAUCUCUUAAUCGAAGUCUUCCUCGGCGUUGCCGUCCUGACUGCUUAAGGUCCCUAUUAUUAAUUUUGCUAACGUAGUAUAGUAUGUACAGAGUUUUCCAUGUGUACUUACCAGACUUUCAAUACAGCAUUAGAGAUAAAGUUUAGAUACCCAGUCUCCUGUAUAACCUCAUUCCAAAGGGAAUCCUCCUAACUCUUGUUUUAUUUUAAAACUCAUGAUAUCUGCUUUUCUAGAAUAAGCUUACACGUAUCUCGCAAGUUCCUUAAUGGUAAUUUCAUUUUGAGGAGAAUAAGCGGAGGUUCUUAGGGAUGUCCUUACGCAGUUCAGUUAAGAACGUACCCGUUCUUCAUUCUUCAUCAAAAAAUAACUUAAGGGAAAUCAUUAAGGUUUGGAAAAAACCGCCCCUCAGGCAGAUUCACUCCAAAGGCUUAAGCCUUUGAAUCUCAGCUACGAACAUAAUUUCUAAGAAAUCAGUGACCGAGGGUUAAAGAUCGCGCCAGAAUACGCAAAAGUGUCAUUAAUUGGAACAAGAAAGGUGGUGAAUUUUGUGCUGAGCAGAGGAACAAAGGAAAAUGUUGAUACUCGCAUGACGCUUCCGAUACUAUCGAUCUUAGCAGUAUAUGCCGGACGUGAGUCACAUAAAAACUUAACUAUGGCAUAACUCACCAUAGAGUCUCAAUGACUCCGUAGUAGACCAUAAGAGCGCGGAAUUUAAAGGUCUUGGGUUCCAUUCCUCAUGGGAAAUGGGCAUUUUGGGGUAUUUUGGCGUACUUCUUUCUCCUUCCACGUUCGUGAUUAGACGAAUGACAAUCAUUUAUUUCUCUACCGAGCUCAAGUUCUAAAAUCUCUCCAUUUCUAAUGAAUCAUAUUUCUGUCAUCAUUUGAGUAUAUACUUGCAGAUUUGCUCACCACAACGUGUAAAUAUUGCUGAUGAAGGAACUUACUAUUACGACAUGGUUAUUAGUACUGGCGUCUGGAGGGAUUCAGCAACAACUGCAAACGUAACAAUUAGCAUAAAAGGGGAAAAUGAAGAUCACGAUCAAAUUCCCCUGCGACGAAAUGGAGGUUUGAACCUUGUGUUCGGUCGAGGAAGUGUAAAUGGUUUUGUCCUAGUUACCAAUGAAUCGUUAGGAAAUUUAAAUGAAAUAACUUUGGAACACGAUAAUUCGGGAGAGAGUCCAUCUUGGUUUGUAGAGGCAGUGGUAAUAAGAGACAGACAAACGAAGGAUCAGUGGGUGUUCCCCGUAAAUAGAUGGCUUGCUCUAGAAAAAGACGAUGGGCAAAUAGAGGUUAGCGUAGAAAGCAAAGGUGUCACUUCCUUCUCGGCAGAGGUGAGAUCACGCUUCGGAAGGAAACUAGCCGACAGUCAUUUGUGGAUGUCAGUGUUUGGAAAAGCGUGCAAUAGUACUUUCACGCGCGUGCAAAGAGCGUCGUGUUGUCUUUCAGUUCUCUUCAGUGCCAUGAUUGCUAAUGCCAUGUUUUACAACAUUGGUGGAGAGUCGGUAGGAGCAAUACAGAUCGGACCAUUCAAAUUUUCCACGAGACAGAUAGUCAUUGGAGUACAAAGUAGCAUCAUAGUCGCACCAGUGAACGUCCUCAUCGUGUUUCUUUUUAAGUCUAGCAGAACCAAAGAGAAAAAAGCAGACAAAUAUGAAGAAUCCUACCAAGUACAACAACUCAUCGAUGAAGUAAACGGUAAAGGCUGUAUGCUGCCUCAUUUCUGUAUAUGCAUGGCUUGGUUUCUCUGCUUUAUGACCACCGUGACUGCUGCAGCGUUCACGCUAUUUUACAGUUUAAUGUGGGGAAAAGAGGUUGCUGAGCAAUGGCUCGCAUCCAUUCUUAUCUCAAAUGGACAAGAUGUUUUUGUUACCCAACCGACAAAGGUCAUGUUAGCAGUUCUCGGCGUUUCCUUCCUUUUGAGUAGAAAUAAAAAAGAAGACCAGCAAGAGAACAAAGUAGAAGAGGGGGACCCACCAGAUGAUGACAUAGAUUUCCUAAGUGAAAACCCUAAGCAACGCUUUAAAAAGAAUCUCAUGGAAAAAAUGCGUGUACGAAGCAGAAAAGAGGCUCAACUGACAAGUAUGGCGAGACAAAUCGUCCUCCAUUUAAUAUUUAUGUUUCUCCUGUCUAUCGUCUCUUACGGAAACAAGAAUGGAAAUCGUUUCUUAAUGACAAUCGCAACGAGGAAUUCUUUCACAACGUUCGACCGGGUAAGAUCUACUUCUUUUAAGUAAUUCAAAGAAGAAAUCAUUUCAAAUUUCUUUUAUACUUAUUUUGAAGGAAAUGCAUUUCUGUAUAUGCCACUGAAUGAGCCAUGUUAUAGACUAACAGAAUAUCUGUAAUGAAUCAUUUGAGUCGAGAAGUUAAACCUGUCACCGAAAGGAGAGUUGCAAGUUUGAUAUUCUAACUGCAAAGCAGGGAUACGCUCUGACGACGGGCUAACGCUCGAAACGUCAGCUUUGAAACCCUCUACUGCGGCCAAUUUACGUUAUCAACUCAGUUGAUAAUAUCGAAUUACCUUGUCACAAGAAAAAAAAAGGUACAGAUCAUUAUUUAUUGCCUGGGGUGGGGGUUUGGAGGAUUUUGGUUGUCUCACAAUAAAAUUAACCAGAUUUCCCACUAAGGCCCCGUAACAUUCCUAGAAUCCCCGUCUUAUUGACAAUUAAUCAGUAGUCCACUUCCUAUAGUGCUCCCUUUCUACUCUGUUUGUAACAAAUGAUCCUCUCCCAGCCUCCCCCCCAUCCGUUACCCCUGAAAGCCAUGUGAUCCCCCCAAAAAUCCCACCCAACCCCCCCCCCUCAUCUCACCCGGCGGUGAAAAGUAACUGGUCUGUAGUUCCCUAGGUGUCCAUGACUGAAUUGGUUGAAAUCCGAUAAGAAUUGCAGUAACAGGUGUUUUUCCAAUUAACAUACACUAUCUUGUAUGUUAAGUUCUCUUUAAGCAACUUUUCAGUUCACAUUAAUCCUGUGAUCUGUGAUUUAGGUCACUGACUCAAAGAAACUGUGGGUAUGGAUGAGACAGGAGUUUCUGCCAAACAUUUAUGACCAAUCCUGGUACAAUGGCCUUGAAGAGAAAAAGGAUGUGUACAUCACCAAUAAGAUGUCUAUUUUGAUUGGCAUGCCUCGGAUGCGACAAUUGAGAAUUCAUCAAAGUAGGUUAUAAAUUUAUUUCGGUUGUUGUCGUUUUUUCUUUAAUCAAAACCGUGAUUGGUUGAAAGUCGUUUAGAGGAGCUCGAAGAGAUAACGUGGAAACUGAGAUCUGCACUUUUUUUCACGGUCGGGGAGGUGGAAUCUGAGUCACUGGAAAUAUGAAUCACAAGCUAAAAACAAGAAUGGAAAUGGAAUUCAGACCAGAAAGAGCUCUGACAAAUAAAAUUCCCCCUCCCUCCUCCUCUCCAUUUCAGACUUCAGAACCCCCUCUCAUUUGCGGUACUCUGUUUUCUUUUUCCUUUCAAGGUCCCUGUGAAUCAAUUCCUAAAAUUAUACCAAACUGCUACUACGAUUACUCUCCAGAGAUGGAGGAUACAACAGAGUUAAGCCUUCCCGGAUGGAGGCCACUUCCAGACAAUACAUCAUGGCCAGAGGCUCUUCGAAUCUGCCCAAAACCAUGGCGCUACCAGAAAGCUGAAAAGCUCGGCAUCGAUCCUGUCAAAGCCGUAUACAACACUUAUGGAGGAGGCGGUUACGUAGCCGUCUUGGGGUACGAUGCACAAACAGCGCAUAGCGUCUUGGGUGAGACUAUGGGCCUUGGGUGGCUUGAUCGUCAUACCCGUGCUGUAGUUCUAGAAUUUGCAGCGUUUAAUAUCAAUACGAACCUGAUUAGCAUUGCUACAUUCAUCUACGAAAUGAUUGCGUCUGGUGCAGCCUACACUACAAUGAGGGUGGAUACACUUGAGCUAUAUACUACAGAGUCGGGGGCUGGUAUGUUCUAUCUCAUUUGUCAGUUUUUGUUCUUGGCAAUGGUGUUGUUCCUCUUCAUUAUGAUGCUGUAUCACCUCUACCGACAGAGGUUUGCAUUUUUCAAAUCCGUCUGGAAUAUGGUGGAGUUCUUAAUGAUCAUUUCUUCUAUAACGUCCGUCAUGAGCUAUAUGAUAAGAUCCAAGAAAAUCUUGAACAGCAUUAAAGCUAUUCAGAAUAAUCCCUUCGAAAUAAUUCAUUUUCACUCUGCUUUAAACUGGGCAAACUGGGAGAACGCUUCCAUUGCCCUCGCCAUUUUCAUGGUAACAGUGAAGCUUUUGAAUUUGAUUCGUUUCAAUCCUUACGUGAUUUAUUUAUUUUCAUCGUUCCGUCAGUCUGUUGGGUACCAACUGUCCUACGUGGUUUUCUUCUUCAUAGUCUUCAACGCCUUUGUCGUAACGGGAAUGCAGCUUUUUGGUGGCGUGGUUCCCCAUUACUCCAGUUAUUUAUUCGCAGUUCUUUCACAAUUACAAUUUCUGUUAGGAAAAGCAGUCCCAAUUGCUCAACUUCGCGAAGAUAAACCCUUCAUCGGCCCAACCUUUGUUCUGUCAUUCAUGAUAAUGAUGACGAUAGUUCUUAUGAAUAUGCUGGUUUCUGUUCUAAACGAAUCAUACACUGAUGCCCGGGAAAAUGCAGAAAGUGCAGAAGAGCUUGAAAUGGCGCACUUCAUUGGGGAGCGCUUCAUGGAGUUGUUUCAUGAAGAAAAAAGGCGACCUGAGUUAAGAUUAUUUUGUGAUGAUGCAACUUUUGUUAACAUGUGUCGCUCUGAUGCAGAACCAUUUUGCUUAAAUUUUAAAAGUCUCCUUAGGUGCACAGAGGAACGAUUACAAAAAAUAGAUAGAAGACUUAACGUCCUUACCAGACGCUCAGAGGGCAUUGAUCUCGACUACCUGCGAGAGGAAAGAGUUUAUUUCUCUUGUUACCUCAAUCAUUAUUUCGCAUUAAGAUCAAGAUGA